AUGGAGUGCAUGCGCGAUCAUCUUCACGAAGGCGUUGUACUCAAUGGGCGGUAUGAAACAAUCUCUCCUCUUAACAAUGGCUCCUUUGGCAUGGUCUUCCAGGCCAAGGAUCUUGUGACUGGCGACCAUGUUGCUGUCAAGGUCAUUACCAAGAGUUCGGCCGCCAUCAACUGCCCUUCCGCCUUUGCAGUCGAUGAGCGCUCCGAAGAGCUUGGUGUUCACCUGCGUCUUGGUGAUCACUCCAAUGUGGUCAACCUGCUCCAGUCUUUUGAGACCCAGAACCACAUCUACCUUGUUCUUGAGUUCUGCUCCAAUGGUGACCUGUACGAAGCCAUUCGCAAUGGCAAGGGCCCUCUCGAGACUGAGCAUGUGCGUGACUUCAUGAUGCAGCUUGUCGAUGCUGUCGAGUUCAUCCACUCAAAGGGAAUCUACCACCGCGACAUCAAGCCGGAGAACAUUUUCCUCACCCAGGAUGGCUCCAUGAAGCUUGGCGACUUUGGUCUCGCUACUUCUGACCCUUGGUCUUACGAGAUUGCUGUCGGCAGCGACCGCUACAUGGCUCCUGAGCAGUACGACCCCUCCAACACUGGCUACUCGACUGCCAAGGCCGACAUCUGGGCCAUUGGCAUCGUCCUCCUCAACAUCCUGUUUCAGCGCAACCCUUUUGCCGUACCGUCUUCGUCAGACCCCCUCUACGCCGACUUUGCCCUUGACCGUCAGAGUCUCUUCGAUGUUUUUCCCAACAUGUCGCAAGAUACCUUUGAAGUCAUUAGGCAGUGCCUGGCCAUUGAUCCUGAGAAGCGCGACCUCGGCGCCGUCAAGGAUGCGUUGGAGCGCGUCAUCAGCUUCACUAUUGAUGAUGAAAGCCUCGAUGACUUCUGCACCGAGGAGCGUGAUGUUGUCGCUGUCGGCGCCAACCGCGAGCCUCUUCGAACACCAUCCAUUUCAACGCCGCAGCUUGACAAUGGUAGUUCGUUCCCUUGGGCCAAGGCUCUUGCCAUGUCUCCACCUCAGCAGUUCCGCCAGCUCUCGGCUAUUCCCGACAACGAAAUCUAUGAGGAUGACAUGUUCUCGGGACCUCCCUACGACGUCAAGCCAGACAGCGCCUCUGCUGCAUCCUUUGUGGAUUCCGGCCUGGGCUUGUCCUUCAAGUCGACCGAUGGCGCAAAACCCGAGCCUGUGAAUUUCACUCGAUCUCGACCUCUGCCCAUCUCCGGCUCGCUUCCAACCAAGCCUUACAACAGCAUGUCUUCGGUUUUUGGCAAGAAGCGUGAUGUCAUAUCCAAGAGCUGGAGUGAUCUUUGGGAAGAAGAGGAUGACGAUGCCCAGUUUCUUGCCGAGCUCGAAAACAACUGCCAUUCCUUCGGUGCUGAGAAGCCCAAGACCAAGCCCGUUGUUUCUGAAGCUGGCUCCGGCGUGUCGACUCCCCGUGGCGGUUUGUCCGAGAUGAAGAACCCCAUCUCCAUCCACAACAGCAGGAGCCCCACGCCCAAGAACCACCGCACUGCUGUCGACCACGUUAGUGCGGCUACCGGAUUUGUCUUUGAGGAGCAUCGUUCGUCUGCGGCUACCCGCAAUACUCCUCCAAAGCGUUCAGUUGCCGACAAGUGGGCUGCUCUUGGCGAUCGCCGUCGCAGUCCCGCCGUGCAGGCCCAACAAACUCCUUCCAAGCCUAUUAAGUCGCCCAAACAAGCUCAACCCAUUCCAAACUCCGCCAGGAAGCGGAGUCGCACUGGGGCUGGACGACGACCAAUCCACUGGGGUUCCAGCCAUAACGAGAAUAACAACCAUGGCUCCUGGGAACAGAAAGUGGACAACUGGUAUAAGAGCAAAGAUUGGCGCUCCCAUGCCGAUCAUGCCCAGGCCCACGAUGACCUGGGCGACCUUGAGUGGGUGUGGUAA